AUGGCUAUUUCAUAUACCACAAUUGAGGGUACAAUUGGAAAGAAAUUAGAUAAGAUGUUCGGUGUAAAGUACAGCUUCUUAAGAGUCAAACCAGGUGAUUGUUUAUUGCCACCUCAGUAUGUUUUUAUUGGUUCAAGAAUACGCGAUCUUGAGGUUCAUGAUAGUGAUGUCUGGAUGGUGUCAUACCCAAGAACAGGUAGCCACUGGGUACAGGAGAUGGCUUGGCUCAUAGGUAACGAUCUCAAUUACGAAAAAGCUAAGAAAAAUCACGUAGCUCUACGAAACCCGCUGCUCGAAUCAUCAGCAUUAAUGGUUAACGGCUCGUUUGUCGAGUGGUUUGCAAAACUAGGCGAGUCAGUUGAAAUCGUAGAUAACUUGGCUAGCCCACGCUAUAUAAAAAGUCACUUACCGCUGGAUUUACUUCCAAAUCAGAUUCUUAAGAAAAAUCCGAAAAUAAUUUACGUUGCCAGAAAUCCUAAGGACAUGUGUGUAAGUUUUUAUCACUACUGUCGACUCUUUCAUGAUGUAAGAAGUUCCUUCGAAGAAUUUGCUGAGCUCGUUGUUACAGAUAAUGCUCCAGUAGGACCUUUCUGGAAACAUGUGCUACCGUUCUGGAAUUUGCGACAUCAAGACAACGUCCUCUUUAUAACAUAUGAGGAAAUGAAAAAAAUUCUUGAUCUACUACGCGUACCAAGUGAAAAUAUGACUUACUUCUAUGCCCUGUAA